AUGGCCCCCCCAACUCCCUCCUCCCAUCGCCCGCGCAAGAAGAGAAAGACCCCCACGGCUCCCGGCUCCAACAACAAUCUCAUAUUAGAUACCGGAGAUGGAAAGCAGUCGCCAGCAUUUCCACUGGUAUCAUUCCUGUGGGCCGCACGAGCCGGCGUCUCACAAUGGCUGAUCCUGCCACUUACCCUCAUGGCUGUCGGUCUCUUCCGAUGGGCCGUCAGCCUAUGGGGCUACUCAGGCUUCCAAGUGCCUCCUAUGCACGGUGACUUUGAAGCGCAACGACACUGGAUGGAGAUAACCGCCCACUUGCCCAUGCCCAAGUGGUACCUUUACGACUUGCAAUAUUGGGGCCUCGAUUACCCCCCAUUGACCGCAUACCAUAGUUGGCUGCUUGGAAAGAUUGGUACCGCGAUUGAGCCGGCUUGGUUCGCACUCGACGAAUCCCGCGGUUUUGAGCACCCCGACCUAAAGGUUUACAUGCGCGCAACCGUCGUGGUCUCUGAAUACCUUAUCUAUAUUCCAGCAGUUGUCAACUUUCUUCGCCGUUAUACCCGCAUGCAUGGCGUUCAUGCCUGGUCUGCCUCCAUCGCCCUCGUCGCAAUUCUACUCCAACCGGCGACCAUCCUGAUUGACCAUGGCCACUUCCAAUACAACACGGUGAUGCUGGGAUUGAUGGUUGCAAGCUUGGAUGCGAUCAUGGCUGGGCGCAUGCUCUGGGCCUGUAUCUUCUUCGUCGGCGCCCUCGGGUUUAAGCAAAUGGCUCUGUACUAUGCGCCAGUCAUGUUCGCCUAUCUUCUGGGUGUUUGUGUCUUCCCACGGAUCAAUAUCCCAAGGCUUAUCAACAUUUCCCUCAUGACUCUCGCUGCAUUCGCUCUACUAUUCGCCCCACUCUUGCUCAGCGCCACAACUAUGGAGGCCCGGAAGGAAUUUGCGUCCGCGGCACAGCCUCCUUUAUUGCAGUCGCUUCCAAUUACUCUGGACAAGUCUUCUGUGGUGUAUGCAGUCCUGUUCCAGCUCACGCAAACUGUUCACCGAAUUUUCCCUUUCGCGCGUGGCCUGUUUGAGGACAAGGUUGCCAAUGCCUGGUGUGCGAUCCAUACCUUCUAUAAGCUGCAUCGGUUCGAUACUUCCUUGCUCCAACGGGCGUCUCUUGGUGCCACACUGGGCUCGAUUAUUGUUCCGUGUGGUAUUAUUUUCAGACACCCCCGAGCUUCCCUAUUGCUCCCUGCUUUGUCCUGUGUCGCGUGGGGUUUCUUCCUGUUUUCUUUCCAGGUGCAUGAAAAGAGUGUUCUUCUUCCUCUUCUUCCCAUGACCCUAUCGCUUGCUGGUGAUGGCGGAUUGAGUAAAGAGAACCGCGCCUGGGUUGGCUGGGCUAACGUUCUUGGCUCGUGGACUAUGUUCCCUCUUCUAAAGCGUGAAGAGCUCCGGGUGCCUUACGCCGUCAUUACCCUGCUGUGGGCUUAUCUUCUCGGACUGCCCCCACUCUCCCUUGAGACCUAUCGAAGCCGUUCAUCCCCGGAAGACCCCACCUCGAACUUUGAGUUGAACAAUUUCACCAAACUCUUACACAUUCUGUUCUAUAUCGUCAUGGCUGGUUGGCAUGGCGGUGAAGCCUUCGUGCCUCCUCCUGCUGGCAAACCGGACCUGUGGGUAGUGCUCAACGCACUCAUAGGCGCUGGCGGGUUCGGAAUUGCCUACCUGUGGUGUAUGUGGAAGUUGGUUACACAGUGCCGUCAAAUUGACCGCCAAGGAGCCGAAGAAGAAAGUCGAAAGAAGAAGCAGUGA